UCCUAGCUUCAACUUGGUUGUUCUUCACUCUCUAAUGCCGUUUAUGGCCCUCCCGGGAUCACCUCAGAUCCCUCUAGCUGCUCCCUUGCCCUCCUCCAUCUCCCCUUCACACCGCCGGCUACCGCAGAUUUUCCCUGUUCCCAUCUCCGCCUCUAAAUCUUCAGAGCUCCGGUCAAAGGCAAUCGAAUUCACUUACAGCAGAGCUGAUCCUUCCAUAAGAUGGCCAGAUUUGAGGAUUGACGAACAUUUCUUCACUCGACAACCCCAUCUUCCCUCCCCUUCCCCCGCUGCCUCAGAUACUCAUUUCCCUAAUUCUAGAAAAGACUCCAAUGACAAACACGAAGAUCCAGAUAACCCAGAAGAUGCGGAAUACCAUGAAAACCUGGAUGACAAACAACGGCGAUACCGCGGCAGAAGGAUGAGCAAGCUCGCUUUAAAGCGAGCUAAGGAUUGGAGACAAAGAGCACAGCUGCUCGCCGAUCAAAUCCUCGCCCUCCCUCCUUCCGGGCUCGUCGCUGACGUUCUGGACAACCGCGCAGUGCAAAUGACUCCCACCGACCUCUGCUUCGUCGUCAAGUUCGUGGGCGCCUCCAGCUGGACCCGCGCUCUCGAAACUUUCGAAUGGCUUAAUCUCCGGCGGCGAUACUCUCCCUUACCUCGGAUGCUUGCUGUCAUGAUCUCCAUUCUUGGACGGCAUCGUCAGGACUCCCUCGCAGAGGAAAUAUUUCGGCGUUCUUGUGUUAUCGGGGAUGCUGCCGUGGAUCCGUCUGUGCAGGUCUUUAAUGCUAUGAUGGGAGUCUACGCUCGUAGCGGGCGGUUUGAUGAUGUCCGGAACCUGCUCGAUGAAAUGCGCAAGAUAGGCCUCGAGCCGGACCUUGUCAGCUUCAACACCCUUAUAAAUGCUCGGGCUAAGUCCGGGCAAGUGCCGGCAGGCGCCGCACUGGAGCUUCUCCAAGAUGUCCGAGGCUCAGGGCUGAAGCCAGACACAAUCACUUACAACACUCUCAUCAACGCUUGCUCUCAAAGCCCUAAUCUACAGGAGGCCGUGAGUAUCUUUGAGGACAUGAUGAGAUCUAAAUGCCAGCCUGAUCUCUGGACUUAUAAUACGAUGAUCUCAGUCUAUGGCCGCUGUGGGAUGACCCAAGAGGCCGAGCAGCUAUUACAUGAAAUAACGUCGAUGGGUUUUUGUCCCGAUGCUGUUACCUAUAAUUCUCUUCUUUAUGCAUUUGCAAAGGCUGGUAGUGCUGUGAAGGUGGAAACUUUAUGUGAGAAGAUGAUCAAGGCUGGGUACAACAAAGAUGAAAUCACAUAUAACACAAUCAUUCACAUGUAUGGGAAACAAGGCAGAGUAGAUUUGGCCCUCCGGCUGUAUGAUGAGAUGAAACUGGCCAGUUGUAGUCCUGAUGCAGUCACCUAUACUGUAUUGAUUGAUUCACUUGGAAAAACUGAUAGGAUUGUAGAGGCAGGCAAGUUGAUGUCAGAGAUGGUUGAUGCAGGGGUGAGGCCUACUUUGAGGACUUUCAGUGCCUUGAUUUGUGGAUAUGCCAAGGCUGAGAUGAGGGUAGAGGCUGAGAGAACCUUUGAUCUUAUGGCAAGGUCAGGGAUUAAGCCAGAUUGUUUUGCCUAUUCUGUUAUGUUGGAUAUGUUGGUAAGGGCCUCCAAUAACAGGAAGGCAAUGGCUUUAUAUCGGGAAAUGAGGCAAGAUGGCUUUAGACCUGAUAAUAAUUUAUACCGGAUUAUGUUGGGGGCUUUUGCAAACGAAAAUAAGUUCAUUGAUGAGAUUGUCAAUGACAUGCAAGGAACUUUUGGGAUGAGUUUGAGUGAAGUUUCCUCUCUUCUUGUCAAGGGAAAAUGCCUUCUUAAAGGGGUGGAGAUAUUGAAACGGGCUGUAAUUCAAGGUUUCAAACCCAAUCAUGAAUGCUUGUCAGCCAUUUUUAAUGGCUAUACUUCAUCAGGUAGCUAUCAAGAAGCACAAGCCUUUCUAGAUUUCUUGAAAGAAAAUGUACCCGAAUCCCAUUGUUUGAUGACUGAAGCUUCUAUUAUACUUCACUGUAAUAAUCACCAGGUGGAUGCUGCAUUAGAGGAGUACAAGAAAAUGAAGUUGAGUGGUCUGGUUUUCUUAAGCAAAGGUGUUAGCCUUUAUGAAGCGCUAGUCACUUGUUGUGAAAAAACUGAAUCUUUUUCAGAGGCUUCUCAACUAUUCUCAGAUAUGAAUUUUCUUGGCGUUGAACCUACUAAGAAAAUUUAUAGGAGUUUGAUCACAGUCUACUGCAAAAUGGGUUUUCCAGAAACAGCUCAUUAUGUGCUGGAUAAGGCGGAAUUGUCUGGUAUAUAUUUCAACGAUCUAUCGAUUCAUGUGGACUUGAUUGAGAAAUAUGGGAAGCUAAGGCUAUGGCAGAGGGCUGAGAGCUUGGUAGGGAAGCUCAGGCUUCGCGCUCCUAUUGAUAUUAAAGUCUGGAAUGCUCUUAUAUAUGCCUAUGCUGAGAGUGGUCGCUAUGAGCAAGCAAGAUCGGUGUUUAAUAUGAUGAUGAAAUAUGGUCCAGAACCUUCUGUAGAAUCUGUGAAUGGUCUCACGAAGGCCUUAAUAGCUGAUGGAAGAUUAAAUGAGGUUCAUGUUGUAAUUCAGGAAUUGCAAGUUAUGGAUUUUAAGAUAAGCAAAAGCACCAUAGUCAUGAUGCUUGAUGCAUUUGCAAGAGAAGGAAAUAUAUUCGAGGUAAAAAAGAUAUACCAUGGCAUGAAGGCAGCAGGCUAUUUGCCAAAUAUGCAGCUUUAUAGAAGUAUGAUUGAAUUGUUUUGUCAUGCAAAACGAGUACGAGAUGUUGAGUUGAUGGUUGCUGAGAUGGAAGAGGCUGGUUUAAAACCAGACAUAUUUAUCUUCAAUGCUCUACUAAAGAUGUACACAAGAAUUGAAGAUUUUAAGAACAGCUUGGAGAUUUAUCAUAGAAUUGUAGAGGCUGGAUUGAGCUUGAAUGAAGAUACCUUCAAUACACUUAUAAUAAUGUAUAGCAGAGAUAUGAAACCUGAGCAAGGUUUUAUUGUCCUAAAUGAGAUGGAAAAAAAUGAUCUUGAACCCAAAUUGGAUGCCUAUAAGAGUUUGUUGGCCUCAUGUGGGAAGGGGCAGCUAUGGGAAAAAGCUGAAGAGCUUUUCCAAAUCAUGUUGUCUAAGGGGUUUAGAUUGGAUCGAUCUUUCUAUCAUAUUAUGAUGAAGAUAUAUAGGGAUUCUGGAGACCACUUCAAAGCUGAAAACUUGCUCACUUUGAUGACAGAGGCUGGUGUAAAGCCAACAAUUUUCACAAUGCAUAUGCUUAUGGUUUCUUAUGGAACGGCUGGGCGGCCUCAGGAUGCAGAAGAAGUGCUAAAAAAUAUAAAAAACUCAAAUUUUGAACUUAGUGCAUUACCCUACAGUUCUGUGAUUGAUGCCUACUUUAAGGGUGGUGAUUAUAGACAGGGAAUUGCUAAAAUGGUGGAAAUGAGGAAAGAUGGAAUUGAAGUAGAUCAAAGAAUAUGGACAUGUUUUAUCAGGGCUGCUAGCUUCUGCCAGCAGACAACUGAUGCAAUGCUUCUCCUUAAUACCCUACGUGACAAUGGUUUUGAUCUUCCUGUCAGACUUCUGACUGAGAACACGGAGGUACUGGUUGCCAAGGUAGAGAAAGUGCUGGGGGAUUUGGUGCCCGAGGAAGACGAUGCUUGUUUUAAUUUUGUGAAUGCUCUGGAAGAUUUGCUGUGGGCCUUUGAACGGAGAGCCACUGCUUCAUGGCUUUUUCAAAUGGCAAUAAAAAAGGGCAUAUACCGUCAUGGCGUGUUUCGGGUUGCAGAUCGGGACUGGGGAGCUGAUUUCAGAAAACUUUCAGGCGGUGCAGCACUUGUAGCUCUUACGCUAUGGCUUGAUUAUAUGCAAGAUGCUUCAUUGCAGGGAUCUCCGGAGUCACCUAAAUCAGUUGUGUUGAUCACAGGGACUGCAGAGUACAACCUGGUUUCCCUGGACAAAACCCUCAAGACAUAUCUCUGGGAAAUGGGCUCACCAUUCCUUCCCUGUAAAACUCGAUCCGGCGUCCUUGUGGCAAAAGCUCACUCCCUUAGGAUGUGGCUAAAGGAUUCUUCAUUCUGCAUGGAUCUGGAGUUGAAAGAUGCGCCCUAUCUUCCCAGUUCUAAUUCGAUGUCUCUCACAGACGGCUAUUUUAUGAGGGCAGGGUUAGUUUCAGCUUUUAAAGAUAUAAAUGACAGAGUUGGAAAGGUGAACCCUAAGAGAUUUGCGAGGCUAGCUUUAUUGUCUGAAGAGAACAGAAACAAGGCGAUCGAGGCUCAUAUAAAGGGCAGAAAGGAAAAGCUUGAAAAGUUGCAGAAAAGGGGGAAUGUAAUAGCGAGGAAAGCGACAAGAUUGCGCACUGGAAAGUUUAUGAGGCGGCGGCAUACUGCACUGGCAACUCAACGUUAGUUAAAUGAAUGUUGACAUAUAAGUAUCAAAUUUUAUGUGUUUGAUUUGUAAUUACAAAAGAUUUGUGCUGUAUAUAUGUAAAUUUUCCUAAAAAAUUGAUCCCAGUUUUACGAUUUAAAAUUUGCUAGAAAGUUUUCAAGAAUAUUUUCUGUCAUGCUGUGGAAGAUUGGCUGUGGAAUAUAUCACCAUCAUUCCUCACGGACGGUUUCUC